CCGUACUUGUUGAGAUAAUUUCAUCCUACGGAAUUUCAUGAUAUGAUCCAGCUAGUCAGUUAUCUUAUUAUCCUAUCUCGAUGCACUCCUCACGCCAUCCGUGGCACACCUUCUGCCUACCUCGUGUUUGUUGCCUCGAUUCUUCACUCAUGAAACGUGGUGAUUAUUCUCUGUUGUGGCUUCGAGCUGGGCAAGGGGAAAUGCAUAGAGUGGUCAUGUUUCCCUUCGGUUUGGUACUGCUCCCGAGCGCUAAGAAGUUCCAGGAACCGAUAAUCACACAACCAGACUUUCAUGCAUCAUGUUUGGAUGACUUCCGAUAUGCUCUAACACAGAUUAACAUAGAUUCAAGUUAUCGCUGUGGAUCUCAAGCAACCAAUCGAUGGCAUCGAGGAAACCUAACUCUGCAGCUUCAGCAGAGAAUAGAUAUCGAUAUUGGGUCCGAGCGCUACUUAUCCGUAUUCAUAAGGCGAGUCUCUGUGCAAUCACAAUCACCGUGGUCCAAACGAGCUAGAAUCAUGCAUCGACACAACAGUUUCAACAACAACGUAACUCGUUCGCCCUCCCUUACCCAACGUAAACUCGCGGCUGAAUUUCGACCUUCGUCUCCGCUCGUUGGGGGAUCGCCCGUGAGCACUACUGAGACCCAUCAGACGGUGAUCACAAAGAAUUCCUGGCUCGAUGCUGCUCGUGAAAGCACCAACAAAUUCAAACUGAAUGGUUCACCCCUCCCUCUCGUUUGGGUUUUGGUUGAAGACAACGUCAUCCCGCCGAAUGCUGUUCCCUUUGGCGAAGACAAGAACGGUUCUCAGCUGUACAUUGCUCGUGCCCUGCUCGAGGUAGGUUGUUUCUCCCAGGGGUAUCACAACUCUGACCUGCCAUAUCUUUCAGGGUGGGCUCUGUGAGUAUAUUCUGCCGGUAAUCAAGAAACAGUGCUAACCUGGUUUUAGACCUCGGAAGGGUAGGUACUCACCUUCAGCAUGCCCUCAUUAGUUACGGCGGAAGGGAGCACCACAUCCAAAAGUACGAAGU